AUGCCAUAUCGUUCGGAGUUGAAAAGACCUGAUUUGAAAGGUACAUUCCCAUGUUCAGUUUGUGGUAAAGUAUUUUGUCAUUCGUCAUCAUUAAGUCGGCAUCGUAUGCAAGCUCAUUUCAAAAGCUACACUUGUACACAAUGCAAUCAGGAAAUUUCUAGCUGCUCUGGAAAUGAAACGCUCCGGUCGCAUAUGUUCCGGAUACAUUCUAUUUCACGAAUGUUUAUGUGUCGGUGCUGUAAUUGGGCAUAUCCUGACAAGACAAGCUUGCAUAUACAUAUGCAGAGUAUGUUGCGGAAUGGUACUCCCGGUGACGUUUCUGUUCUUGCGAGAAGUUCUAAUGAUGGUCCAGGAAUGGCUGGUGUCGUAGGAGAAAUGUCACCAAGAGAGCUUGAAGAAAGUCCAUCAGUAAGCCCCCAAGAUGGAUGUGGAAAUGAAUCACCACGAGGCGAACAAACACAUAUUAAAAGUUCCUUAUUUGGUAAUGGUAAUGGUUUACUGGACGGAUCCAUAUUUCCAGCGACAGUCAGCAAUACCGAUAGUUUAUUUCGAUUUACGGCUAAGCCGGAUAAUUUGCUGACACCAAUUAGUACGGAUGCCAGUGGUCAGAACAGCUGGUUAACAGCAUGGUUGGCAAAUAAUGCUUUUACUGUGGCGCCUUUUAAUUCUACCAAUUUGUUGACAGUGACAAACAGUGCAGAAGUUAUAAAUGUACAAAAAGAUGGAGCAACAGCAAUAAAUAUAGGUUUAAAAGUGGAGUCGAAGGAGGAUGAACUAAUUUCAAAUAGCAUUGAUACCAACGCUGUUAAAAGUACCUCUCUUGCAUCUCCAAGUAAAACACCAAAUUCCACCUCUUCACAGGAAUAUAAGCGAUCGGUCAAUGCGAGUUCACUGGAUGAUUUGCUGGAAAGGAAAGGCUUAAGUGUUACUCGAAAUCAUCGAAAUAAACGGAAAGCUAGCAAUCCUCAGCAACUACUGGCUUCAACAGCAUUUGUCGGUGCAGAUGAUGAAGAUGAUGAAGGAUUUGCUACACUACCACGAAAACAGAACAUCGUAGAUACAAAUACCAAAAUAAACGAUCGUGGUAAAUCAGCCAACGGUGACCUUCCUCCUCAAACAACAACAGUGAGCAGAACAACCCCGAAUGGUGUCACACUGGUUGAUGCUUCUACUAGUCCUAUUAAGAGAUGUGACUGCACGGUACUAAAAAUCAAAUGUGGUGUAACAGAAACGAGAAAUCAGUCUCCUGAAACGAAAAUUUUGAAUUAUGGAAGGGAAACUGACCACCUGGAUAUUCAGCUAACAGGACUGGACACAACACUGCGACAAUUUGAACAUGAAAAAGAAGAACUCAGACAUCAAAUUGAAAUAUUUGAGGAGAUUUUAAUUGGUUACCAGCAAAGCGCACUAGCAGCUUUGGCACUACUACAAAGUGGCGGUCCAGAUGCAAUCCCAGCGAUCAAGAAAUUGAUGGAAAAUUUGCUACAGUGA